GGGGUUCCUGUGCACAUGACUAACUGGAGUUCCCGCCUAUCCCCUCUGAGGCGGGAUUGUUUUGCAGAGUCGUCGCUGCCGUCAGUAUCUUGUUCAAAAAUGAGUUGUCCUCUCGAUUCGGAAAGUGAAAGAAUCUUCAGUGAUGAUGAUAGUGUCGUACGUUCCUGCGGGGGUUCCACGCCAAAACAGGCAACAAACGGGGCUUGCAGUACUUCAGGCCAAACUGCAAAGACCCCCAAAAGACGCAGAAUUCUGCCCGCCAUGUUCGAUUCGUCGGGGGAAGAGGAAAGUGACGAAGAAAAUUCUCGGGGUAAUGACAGUUCAAGAGCCAGUAGUGCUGCUUCUACACCGACUACUAGUAGUACUAGUCACCAGCUGCAGUCAAACAAAAGGGUUAAAGUGAAUGAAACCCCUGUUUGUGAACCAAAUAAAUCUACUAGAAGUUUAUUGGAGAAAAUCCUUCUCCAACAAGAUGAAAUCCUUAAACGUAUUAAGGCAUUAGAGAAAAAAGAAAAGGAAAAGGAAGAAACACGUGAAGAGAAAAUCUACGUACCACCAAGUAUACGGAAUGCAAUUAGGGAUGGCUAUAGCGAUGGCCUUAAACGUGGAUAUGCUUGGAUAUUUGACAAAAAGAAGCAGCAAGAUGAUGAAAACACAGAUAUGACCAGUCAUAUUUUGAUGUUCGUCAAAGGCUGGAACUCUGAUGUUGAAGAGAGGGUCAUCCACUGUGGCAUUAAAAGAUACUUUAUCUCAAAGAAGCAGGAGGCAGUCCUGAAGUCCAAGAACAAGCUUCAAGAACAGAAGCAAAAGAGAGUUUUAUAUGAGAGAAAGAAGGAGAAAGCAAAGAGGAGAAAGCAAGCAUUAGACCGCCUAGCCAGUAGGGUGUGGGAGAAUGAAAUGAGGAGGACACAGGUGAGAAACAUUCUUAAGGUGGAGUUUACCUCUAGCGAUGAAGAAUGCGAUGGUGGAUUCAUCACCCAUCCAAUUUCCUGGCAAAGUGAUAAACUGACAAAAGUAAAAUCCCACCUUGACAAAACAUUCUUAGAAAUCUGCUCUGUUAAAAGUAAAAGAAUGCUACAGUCUAGGAGUGUUGGGGCAGUAAACAUCAAGCCAUCUCCUACAUGCCCAGAGGUGUUUCCCUGGAUGGUGAAAAAAGAUUAGUUUGAUUUAUUUAAGGUAUAUAUGGUGUUAUUUUUCUUGUCAGUUCAAAAUUUUGAAGAAAAAAAUCUUUACUUCAUUUUCCAACCUGGAAAAAAUACAAAUACUGUGAAUAACUCUGUCUUAUAUUGGUUCUUUUUUUGGUUGACAACAACAACAAUGGAGACAAUUGAUUGAGAGAUUCAGGACAAUAGAAUACUGGGAUAUUUAUUAAAUCAGAUAGAAUAAUCAUAGGAGCAUGUGCAAGUUAAACAGAAAAAUUAUGAUAAAUACCAGAUUUUGAUGACAGUAGCAUUUACUGGAGUCCACACUGUGUGUGAAAAGUUAAAUUUUGAUAUUCAAAACCCAUUUUGUCGCUAAUUCAUAUCAAAAAUAACUUUUAGCAUUUAUACUCCAUAUAUACCUUUAAAGAAUUGCAUGCCAUUAAUGUUAAAACUUAUUAGAUUCAAUGCUCUCUGUAAAUUGAUGCCAACUUGAUAAAAUCAGUUGAAUAUGUUUUUUAAAAUA